AUGGCGCUGAAGCGAGGGCUAUCGGGAGUUCAGCGGAUUAGAGGAGGUGGUGGUGGAUCGCGAUCCGUCCUCGUGCUUCUCGUCUUUUUCUGUGUUUUCGCACCUCUGGUCUUCUUUGUUGGUCGAGGAGUAUACAUUGAUUCUUCAAAAGAUUAUUCAAAUGCUUCUGUGAAGCAGAAUCUUGACUGGAGAGAACGUUUAGCAAUGCAAUCUGUGAGAUCUCUUUUCUCUAAAGAGGUACUAGAUGUUAUCACCACUAGCACAGCUGAUUUGGGUCCUUUUAGCCUCGAUUCUUUCAAGAAAAACAACUUGUCAGCAUCAUGGCGGGGAGACUCUGAGGAUCAAACAACUCUAGAUGUCAAAUCUAAUAUCACGAAUGCAAAACGUGAUAGUACUUCAGAAGAUGAUAGCCAUCAGAAAGUUGAGACACCUGCAAAGUUUUACAGAAGGCAACUAAGAGAGAAAAGGCGUGAGAUGCGAGCAACCGAGUUGGUCCAACACAAUGAUGACACGAUUUUGAAACUCGAGAAUGCGGCCAUCGAACGGUCCAAGUCUGUUGAUUCUGCGGUCCUUGGAAAAUACAGUAUUUGGAGAAGAGAAAAUGAGAACGACAACUCCGAUUCAAAUGUACGCUUGAUGCGGGAUCAAGUAAUCAUGGCUAGAGUCUAUAGUGGUAUUGCUAAACUGAAAAACAAGAAUGACUUGUUGCAAGAACUCCAGGCCCGAAUAAAGGACAGCCAACGUGUUUUGGGUGAAUCAACAUCUGAUUCAGAUCUUCCUCGGAGUGCACAUGAUAAACUCAGAGCCAUGGGUCAAGUCUUGGGUAAAGCUAAGACUGAGUUAUACGACUGCAAGUUGGUUACCGGAAAGCUGAGAGCAAUGCUUCAAACCGCUGACGAACAAGUCAGGAGCUUAAAGAAGCAGAGUACUUUUCUGGCUCAGCUAGCAGCAAAAACAAUUCCAAAUGCUAUCCAUUGCCUAUCGAUGCGCUUGACCAUCGACUACUAUCUUCUAUCUCCGGAGAAAAGAAAGUUCCCUCGCAGUGAAAACCUAGAAAACCCAAAUCUUUAUCAUUAUGCCCUCUUCUCUGACAAUGUAUUAGCUGCAUCAGUGGUUGUUAACUCAACCAUCAUGAAUGCCAAGGAUCCUUCGAAGCAUGUUUUUCACCUUGUGACGGAUAAACUCAAUUUCGGAGCAAUGAACAUGUGGUUCCUCCUAAACCCACCUGGAAAGGCAACCAUACAUGUGGAAAACGUGGAUGAGUUCAAGUGGCUCAAUUCAUCUUACUGCCCUGUUCUUCGCCAGCUCGAAUCUGCAACGAUGAGAGAGUACUAUUUCAAAGCAGAUCAUCCAACUUCAGGCUCCUCGAAUCUCAAAUACAGAAACCCGAAGUAUCUCUCCAUGUUGAACCACUUGAGAUUUUACCUCCCUGACCUUUAUCCCAAGCUGAACAAAAUUCUGUUCUUGGACGACGACAUCAUUGUUCAGAAAGACAUGACUCCACUCUGGGAAGUCAACCUGAACGGCAAAGUCAACGGCGCAGUCGAAACCUGUGGGGCGAGUUUCCACAGAUUCGACAAGUAUCUCAACUUCUCGAAUCCUCACAUCGCCAGGAACUUCAAUCCAAACGCUUGUGGAUGGGCUUAUGGGAUGAACAUGUUCGACUUAAAGGAAUGGAAGAAGAGAGACAUCACUGGUAUCUACCACAAGUGGCAAAACAUGAACGAGAACAGAACGCUAUGGAAGCUAGGGACGCUACCACCAGGACUGAUAACAUUUUACGGACUAACACACCCUUUGAACAAGGCGUGGCACGUGCUGGGACUCGGUUAUAACCCGAGUGUUGAUAAGAAAGACAUUGAGAAUGCAGCGGUUGUUCACUAUAAUGGGAACAUGAAACCAUGGUUGGAGCUAGCUAUGUCCAAGUAUCGACCGUAUUGGACCAAGUACAUCAAGUUUGAUCACCCUUAUCUUCGUCGAUGCAACCUUCAUGAAUAA